GGGCCCCGGCGCCCCCCGAGCGAGGGCGGCCCGCCCCGCGCGUCGCCGUUUGACAGAUGCUCGUCGCUAUGGAGUUGCCGCAGCAGCACCUUUGGGGGCUCGGACGAGCGACCGGAGGCGGAAUCUGAGCGAGCGCCCAGGCCAGCGGAGCCGGAGCCGCCGGGACAUGGAUCUGAUCUCUUCUGAGCAUCUCACCACAUCUCCAUUCUUGGGACGUUGAAUCCAGCAGUUGGACUAUUUGUUCUUGGAAUUUUGGGUGUCUUCUCUUUUGACUUUUUCCACUUCCCUUCAUCCCUUCCCCCUCCCAAGAACUCCUGAAGACUGUGGGAUUACCAUGGAGUCCAGGGAAAUUUUAAGCAGCUCCCGGCAAAGAGGGAGCGAGUCAGAGUUCCUUCCAGGCUCCUCAUCCAAGUCCCCAGCCGCCCCUAGCUGUGCAGGAGAGCCCUUGAAAGGCAUCUCUGUGGGUGGAGAACGCAUGGAACCAGAAGAGGAGGAUGAAUUGGGCUCAGGACGAGAUGUGGAUUGCAACUCUAAUGCAGACAGUGAGAAAUGGGUGGCUGGAGAUGGCUUGGAAGAACAGGAGUUCUCCAUCAAAGAGGCCAACUUCACCGAGGGGAGUUUGAAGCUGAAGAUUCAAACCACAAAGCGAGCUAAGAAACCCCCCAAAAACCUGGAGAACUAUAUAUGUCCCCCUGAGAUCAAGAUCACCAUAAAGCAGUCUGGGGACCAGAAGGUGUCCCGUGCUGGGAAAAAUAGCAAAGCUACAAAGGAAGAAGAAAGAAACCACUCCAAAAAGAAGGCCCUGAAGGUGGAACAAGAACAGAAGCUGGCCUGGAAUGAUCCAGAGCAAAAGCCCUGUGCUGGAGAAUCAGAGCGAGCACUCUGA